CUGAGGACAGACUCUCUGAAUGCUCCUAUGGCUCUCUGCUGAUCUGUUUCUUCUAUUAGACGCUGUUUCUCUUGCAGGCUCCCACUUCUCUGGAUGGAGAACCUAACGACUGGCGCUCCUCUUAAACAGCCGAUCGUUUUUAAAUUAGUGGGUUUUGAUGUUCCACCAGGACAGGGCCCGUUCCUCUUCUUCUUGGCCCUGUUCGCCUACAUAGUGGUGCUGCUGGGGAACGGUGUGGUGAUCUGUGUGAUCAUGAAAGACAGGAACCUGCACAGACCCAUGUUUGUGAUGAUCUGCCACCUGGUUGUCUGUGAUCUGCUGGGGGCCACGGCGGUCCUUCCUCGCCUAAUGAUGCACUUCCUGAUGGGGCAGCAGAAGAUCUCCUACCUCCCAGCCAUCGCUCAGGGAUUCUGUGUGCACACAUACGGUGUUGCUAUGCAGACCAUUCUGGGGGUGAUGGCCUAUGACAGGUUUGUGGCGGUGUGUGAACCUCUCCGGUACCACUCCAUCAUGACUUCAACCCGGCUGCACUGCUGCUGCGCUCUGGCCUGGAUCGUUGCCCUGCUGCUCAUCGCCGUGCUCUUCUCCUUCCACAUGAACGUCCCGCUGUGCGGCCGGGUCCUCCAACAUGUCUACUGCAGCAAUCGGAUCAUAAUGAAUCAGGCCUGCAUUCCCACCCCAAUUAGUAACAUCUACGGUUUGUCCAUGACUUGGUCUGUGAGCACAGGGAUGUUCAUCAUCAUCGCCUUCUCCUACGUCCGAAUCCUCAGGACAUCCUUUAAGCAAGGAAGAACCGACAGCAGCAUCAGAACCAAGGCCUUCCAGACCUGCACUUCACACCUUGUCGUUUACGUCUUUUAUGAAAUAGCUACACUGAUCAUAAUCGUUAGCUACAGAUUUCCAUCUGCUUCUCAAAACAUGAAGAAGUUUCUCAGCAUCCUGUUCAUCAUCGUCCCGCCAGCAAUCAACCCCAUCAUCUACGGGCUGGUCAGUAAGGAGCUACGGGCCGGCAUAAUUAGACAGUUUGCCCCCAGAACCUCCCAUAAAAACUGACCCUAUAAUGCAGAAAAGAUGAUGUUGAUGAUGUAAUGCUGUAUAAAUCUGCUAUUUUUCUACUAAUGAUCCAUAAAAACUUUCGACCCAGCUCACUCCAGUUG